AUGACGACCAACGGUACCAAGAGGAGAAAAUUGGCCCACGACGCCUCCGACGAUGAGGCGCAAUCCCGAAAGGCCCAGAAAGAUUUCUUCAAACAGGCCGCCAACUGGGAUCUCGAAGAUAGCUACGAGAAUCGUCGCCGCAAGAGUAAAAAAUCCAGCAAAGAAAGCACUAAGCUACCAAUCAAGACUGCAGAUGGUCGCCUGGAGAUCCUCCGCGAGCUUGAGAAGGAGGAGGACCUGGUGUCUGUCGAGAGCGACACGGAAUGGCUAGAGGGCCGAGAAGACGACAUCGAGUCAGAACCCGAGGAAGUGGAAGAGGAGGCGCCCACCGUCUCCGAGGCUCAGCAGAUCCGUGAAGCACAGGAAGAGCUCGCCAAGCUGGCCACUGCUCUAAACGAAAACCCAGAAGAACAUGUCGGCUCGCUCAAGACCCUUGCCACGAUUGGCGAGUCCAAGAUCCCUGCCAUUCAGAUGCUGGCUCUCAUGACGCAAAUGUCGGUUUACAAAGACAUCAUCCCUGGAUAUCGCAUACGGCCUCAGACCGAAGACGGUCCGACGGAGAAGGUGUCCAAGGAAGUUCGCACAAUGCGCCAGUAUGAACAGGCGCUGGUGUCUGGUUACCAAAACUACGUCAAGGAAUUGGCUAGGUGCGCCAAGGAGGAAACAACUGCAGUGAGAGGAGGACAGAGCGUUUCCGGCAUUGCCAUCACAUGCGCCUGCACUCUGAUAGCUGCAGUUCCACACUUCAACUUCCGCUCCGAACUACUGAGGAUCUUGGUAAAUAAGCUGAGCCGGAAGAGGAUCGAUAGCAACUCAGUCAAGUGCCUUCAGGCUCUAGAGACAUUGUUCCGUGAGGACGAGGAUGGCAAGCCAACAAUGGAUGCGGUCUCACUACUGUCCAAAAUGAUGAAGGCUCGAGACUACGAGGUAGACGAAAGUGUCCUCAAUCUAUUCCUCAGCCUUCGCCUGCUCUCCGAAUUCGCUGGCAAGGCCUCACAGGAUACAGUCGAGCGCCCUGAAGGAGCCAAGGUGAAGAAGAACAAGCGAGAAUUCCGAACAAAAAAACAGCGAAAGGCCAUGAAGGAGCAAAAGUCUCUGGAGAAGGAUAUGGCCGCUGCGGAUGCCCUGGUUGACCACGAAGAACGAGACAAGAUGCAGUCUGAGACGCUCAAGCUCGUCUUCGCCACGUACUUCCGCGUCCUGAAAAUGCGCGCUCCCCAUCUGAUGGGCGCCGUCCUCGAGGGCUUGGCCAAGUAUGCUCACCUUAUCAACCAGGAUUUCUUUGGUGACUUGCUCGAGGCUCUCAAGGAUCUGAUCCGGCACAGCGACGAUGACGUCGAUGCCGACCUCGCCGCUGAGCACGAGGACGACGACAGCGUCUCCAUGAGAAACUUGACACGCGAAGCUCUUCUCUGCACCGUCACUGCGUUCGCCCUCCUCGAAGGCCAGGAUGCACACAACUCACGCAACAGCCUCCAUCUCGAUCUCACCUUCUUCACAACCCACCUCUUCACGUCCCUCCUCAAUCUCUCGGUCCACCCCGAUCUCGAGCUCACCAAGAUUGCCCGCUCCGCAUCGACCACCUCCAAGAUUAACGUCCAAACGACAACCGUCCUGCUCCUCCGCUCUCUCACUGCAAUCUUGUUGCCCGCAUGGAACAUCCGUUCCGUGCCGCCCCUCAAGCUCGCCGCCUUCAGCAAGCAGCUCAUGACGGCCGCGCUGCAGCUGCCCGACAAGUCCUGCCAGGCCACCCUCGGCCUUCUCAACGACAUUGCAAACACUCAUGGCAAGAAGAUUGCUAGCUUGUGGAAUACUGAGGAGCGCAAGGGAGAUGGGCGCCACAACGCCCUGAGUGAUACGGUCGAGGGCAGCAACCCGUUUGCUGCGACGGUGUGGGAGGGCGAGCUUUUGAAGAAGCACUUUUCACCAAAAGUUAGAGAAGGGCUGAAGCUUUUUGAGAAGACUUUGCCUUCAUCUUGA